GAUAGACCAUUAUGCAGUUGCUUUACCGGUACGGUAUUACUGCUCCAUUGAUUUCACGUAAUUAAGUUUUUCACGAUGAAAUUAGAACAGUUUCGCUCUGUCGUUUUUCACAACAUCAGUUUAGCAUUGUGAGUGUUGUUGUCGUUAUUUUGGCAAAUUAUCAAACGCGCUUGCAAAUUGCGAGCGCUGUGCCAGCUCGCACACCUAUGCAAGAGUACUGUUCCUGCCUGUAGCCGUGUAUAUUGCACAACCAUCAGCUUCCUACGCGGUUCGUAUUUCAGCAAUAUAAUUUUGUGCGCAGCGUGAUCCUGCGCCGCUUGUUGAAUCGAUCUGUGCAGCAUCUCUAUUUGUGAGCAUUUCAUUGAUCGGUGCCGGUGGGAAAGCCCUUCUGCAUCCAUUCUAUUCUUCGGAAAAUAUUCCGAUCGUAUAUCCUCAUGAUGAACACCUAGGCCACAGACAUGCAGUGUCGCGCCGCAUCCAUUUCUCGUUUAUUAUUGAUCCGCGUAUUUCAUUCUACCUGAGUCAUACAAUACCUGCCGCGAACCUGCAGAAUUUUUCUUUGCUGGAAACACACCUGCUAUACUCACUCAGCUGAAAAGCAGAGCUUGUCAUUUGGGCUAUAAUUAUGCGUAAAUAUCCUACUUAUUGUUAAUCACUUUUUUUGCCGGCUGAGGUCAACGAUUAAUAUCGUUCGCGUUUACCUGUAAUCACGCUUGCAGCUAUUUUGUCAGAUACUUAAUUUACUUCGCGUUCGUUUCUGCAUUUUUCCGACUUUUCUCUUCGCGACGUGAAAAUAAUACUGCGACACUUAUGCAAUUGCACGUUCCAACGGUAACGUGUCAUGAUCUUGGAUGGCUAACAUUCUGGGCACUGGAUAGUUUGUUUAGCAUGUUGCUACCGACCGGUUUCACGGCAUAAUCCACCUAUGCGCUCUUGACCAAAGUAAUAUUUCGUAAUAUUGGCGCAACACAUCCGUACAAGUCACCCGACUGACGCACUGUAAAAGAGUAACAAAACCGGUCCAAAAAAACAUCAGCAGCGCUGUUUCCAGUAUGUCGGUGGACGCUCAAAGCGGCGAAGUAGAGUUCUCGACAACUUCACAAUAUUCUUUGUCAGACUUGUCUAGCGGUUUUGAUUUGGAUUCGUAUUUGGUGGAACUGGAGAAGCGAAUGUCCCAAGAAGGCGAUGAUGGAUCGGCUGCCGGUAGCGAUCUCUAUACACAGCUUCAGCAGAAGGAACGUGACCUUCUCCUGGCCGCCGAAUUAGGCAAGGCCCUGCUGGAGCGCAAUGAGGAAUUAACCAAGCGACAGGAUGUAUUAUCCAAAGACUAUGCGGCACGUAUUGAGGAACUGGAGCAUGAGCGGCAUGCACUAAAGCGCCGUUUAGAUGCUAUUGAAGUGGAAUAUGACGGAAGGAUUGCGGAACUCCAGAAUGAUCUCACCUAUGUACAGAAGGAACUACAACAAAAAGAGCAUUUAUUUCGCGAAGUUGAUGAGGACCGCACACGGCUCGUUGCGGAAUUAUCCGAGCAGAAUCAGCGCCUUACUGUGCAGCUCAAAGAGGCUCAGACCACGGAGAGCUACUUGUCGUCGGAAGUUCAGAAGUUACAGGAGCAAUUUAACGCGCGGAAAGGAAGUGCGGGCGAUCACGCCAAACAACUUGAGCUCUUAAAAGAAGAGAUCAAGGUACUUAGCGACAAAAAAGCCGAACUCGAACGCCGAUUACAAAAUCUCCUAGCUGAACGUGACGCCCUACUGCACAAUCUCGAGGAGGCAAACGAGCAAAUUGGCGCGCUGGAACGACGCAAUCGCGACCUCGAAUACAAAAUUGUCCUUCAAGAUCGUGAUCUCAUCGAACUUCGCCACUCCAAUUCCCGAUUAGAGGAUCAAAUUGAAGAGCUGCGCUCAGUCAACGGCAGUUCACCAUCGCAUGCGACAUCCCUCUUAAAUGAAUUGGAAGCUGCCCAGUCGGUGGGCAGCGGUAGUGAGUAUCUCGGUGAUCAGCUGGGCUCGAAAUCAGCCGGCAAUGGCUCCACGAUGGACGACGACGAUUCACCGGCAUCCAUCACGCACGAAAUUGCGCACGAUUACAAGCUUCAGCAAGAUUUGAUGAGCACGUACGAGAAGUUACAGCGUGUCUGCACGGAACUAAUUAAUCGCCAGAAUGAUGAAUCGACAGACGAGACAUCGGAGUCCGCUACAGUGCGACCGAUGAUUGAAGAGCUCAAAGGAUUCAUCCAGGAUAUUAGUCGGCGACAAAAUGAAAGCGAGUUUGCCGCAAAAAGCGAACUAAAAGCCUUGUCUAGAGAGUUGGACAUUGAGCAAGAAAAAUCUCGGCUGUUGCAAGAACAGCUGGAUGCCCAAAACAAUAAAGCAAAGACACGAGAAGAUGAGAUCGAACGCCUGGUGUCCGAGCUUACUUUGCGUGAUACGGAAUUAACGGCACUGCGAUCGGAAAAUGCUCUGCUCAAACAAGAACAAGCGCAACAGGAAAUUAAUCAGGAUGAAAUUGUCAAACGAGCGCGCGAAGACCGCGACCAAGCAAUUUCCAGGCAAAAUACGCUGGAGCUGGAACUAACCAAGUCAAAGAUGGACAUUCGCAGUCUCAAUAAUCAGCUCAUGGAGGCCAUUGCACAGAAAAUCGAAUUAUCACAACAGCUGGAAGCCUGGCAAGUUGAUAUGCAGUCGAUUCUGAACGACCAGCUAAAAGAACAACUGCACCAGGAAGAGCAAAAAAGAAGAAAAUACAGAGAAGAACUGGCCGAACAAAAAACCAAGGCGAAAAAAUUUGCCUUGUGGCGGUAGCUGUGAAAAGUAUUGGCUGACUACGGAUUUUUUCCAUAUGUGAUCCUCACUUUCCAAGAGCAAAACCCAUUAAUCUUUCGACAUGAACAUAGUAGCCAUAUAAUUCUGCUUUAAUAAAAUUUCCUUUCGAAAGCCGGCCCAUAUAGUUGACGCUAAUUUUGUAUCCUAGCGGAAAUCCUAGCUGUUACUCGUUUUCUGUUAAAUUGACAGAAAGCUAUGCGCAGUGGCAGCCGUGCUGAUUGUUUACUAGUUCCUGAAUAUCAAUUUGUAACGAUGCAAUACGAGUGCAGUUGUGAAAUGUUUUAUAGCAGUGAAAUAUUGAUAUAUGAAAAACCGAACGAAAAUCUGCUUUUCAGUUGUUGUUUUCGUUGUAAGGCUUUUCCUUAAUUAUACCCGUAAGUCAUCUGCAGACU